AUGGGAGACGCCCUCAUGGCGGAGUUCGGGACGGCUGCUUCUUUCCUGAGAAAGUCAGACAAGGAGCGUCUGGAGGCCCAGACUCGACCUUUCGACAUAAAGCGGCAGUGUUUCGUGCCUGACCCUGAGGUUGAGUAUGUCAAAGCCACAGUCACCAGCAGAGAGGGCGGCAAAGCCACCGUUGAUACAGAGUUUGGGAAGACUGUCACCCACAAGGAGGAGGACAUCCACCCGCAGAACCCGCCAAAGUUUGAUAAAAUUGAAGACAUGGCGAUGUUCACCUUCCUCCACGAACCUGCCGUGUUGUUUAACCUCAAAGAGCGUUACGCAGCAUGGAUGAUCUAUACCUACUCAGGGCUUUUCUGUGUGACCGUUAACCCAUACAAAUGGCUGCCGGUCUACGAUCAGUCUGUCGUUAAUGCCUACAGAGGGAAGAAGAGGAGUGAAGCUCCUCCUCACAUCUACUCUAUUUCUGACAACGCAUAUCAGUACAUGCUUGCAGACAGAGAAAACCAGUCAAUCCUUAUCACCGGAGAAUCUGGUGCUGGAAAGACUGUGAACACAAAGAGAGUCAUUCAGUACUUUGCCAGCAUUGCAGCUGUUGCUGGCAAGAAGGAUGCUGCUCAGGAAAAAAAGGGAACCCUGGAGGAUCAAAUCAUCCAAGCCAACCCUGCUCUGGAGGCUUUUGGAAACGCAAAGACCAUCAGGAAUGAUAAUUCUUCCCGAUUUGGUAAAUUCAUUCGAAUCCACUUUGGUGUCAGCGGAAAACUGUCCUCUGCUGACAUUGAGACAUAUCUGUUGGAAAAAUCUCGGGUCACUUAUCAGCUGAAGGCUGAGAGAGAUUAUCACAUCUUCUACCAGAUUCUGUCUCAGAAGAAACCGGAGCUGCUCGAAAUGCUGCUCAUCACCAACAACCCGUACGACUACAGCUUCAUCUCCCAAGGAGAAACGACUGUAGCCUCCAUCAACGAUUCAGAAGAACUGAUGGCUACUGAUGAAGCUUUUGAUGUCCUGGGCUUCACCCAAGAGGAAAAGAAUGGUAUCUACAAGCUGACAGGUGCCAUUAUGCAUUAUGGGAACAUGAAGUUCAAGCAGAAGCAAAGAGAAGAGCAGGCAGAGCCUGAUGGCACUGAGGAUGUGGACAAAGUUGCAUAUCUGAUGGGUUUGAACUCUGCUGACCUCAUCAAGGGUCUGUGUCACCCCAGAGUCAAGGUUGGCAAUGAGUGGGUGACCAAAGGACAAAGUGUUCAGCAGGUGUACUACUCCAUCGGUGCACUGUCCAAGUCAGUGUACGAGAAAAUGUUCCUGUGGAUGGUGAUAAGAAUCAACCAUUCACUGGACACCAAGCAACCUCGCCAGCACUUCAUUGGCGUGCUGGACAUCGCUGGAUUUGAGAUCUUUGAUUUCAACACCUUUGAGCAGCUGUGCAUCAACUAUACCAACGAGAAGCUGCAGCAGUUCUUCAACCACCACAUGUUUGUGUUGGAACAAGAGGAAUACAAGAAAGAGGGCAUCGUGUGGGAGUUCAUUGACUUUGGUAUGGACCUGGCUGCCUGCAUCGAGCUCAUUGAGAAGCCCAUGGGCAUCAUGUCCAUCCUUGAAGAGGAGUGCAUGUUCCCCAAAGCCAGUGACGCCACCUUUAAAGCCAAACUGUAUGACAACCAUCUUGGGAAAAGUCCAAACUUCCAGAAGCCUAGAGUGGUUAAAGGGAGGCCAGAGGCUCACUUUUCCCUGGGUCACUAUGCUGGUAUCGUCGAUUAUAAUAUCGGUAACUGGCUCGUGAAGAACAAGGACCCCCUGAAUGAGACUGUGGUUGGACUGUUUCAAAAGUCCACCAUGAAGCUAUUGGGUGUCCUGUUUGCUGGGUACACUGGUGCUGAUUCAGAUACCGCCAAGGGAGGAAAGGGAGCAAAGAAGAAAGGUUCUUCCUUCCAGACUGUGUCUGCUCUGCACAGGGAGAACUUGAACAAACUGAUGACUAACCUGAGGUCGACUCACCCCCACUUUGUGCGCUGCAUCAUCCCCAAUGAGACCAAGACUCCGGGGGCGAUGGAGAAUCCUCUGGUGAUGCACCAGCUGCGCUGUAACGGUGUGCUGGAAGGCAUCAGGAUCUGCAGGAAGGGAUUCCCAAACAGGAUCCAGUACGGAGACUUUAAACAGAGAUAUCGUAUCCUGAACCCUAAUGCUAUCCCUGAGGGACAGUUCAUCGACAACAAAAAGGCUGCAGAAAAACUUCUGGGCUCAUUGGAUAUCGACCAUGAGCAGUAUAAACUGGGGCACACAAAGGUGUUCUUUAAAGCUGGUCUGCUCGGUGUUCUUGAGGAGAUGAGAGACGAUCGACUUGCUCUCAUCAUCACUGGAAUUCAAGCGAGAUCCAGAGGAUUACUCGCCAGGAUUGAGUUCCAGAAGAUCGUUGAACGCAGGGAUGCUCUACUGGUGAUCCAAUGGAACGUGCGAGCCUUCAUGGGUGUCAAGAAUUGGCCCUGGAUGAUGUUGUACUUCAAGAUCAAACCUCUCCUGAAGUCGGCUGAGACAGAGAAAGAAAUGGCGAACAUGAAGGAGGAAUUCACAAAACUGAAAGACGCAUUUGCCAAAUCUGAGGCACGCAAGAAGGAGCUGGAGGAAAAAAUGGUCACCCUUCUCCAAGAGAAGAACGACCUUCAGCUUCAUGUCCAAUCUGAACAAGACAAUCUUGCAGAUGCUGAGGAGCGCUGUGAGGGUCUGAUCAAGAGUAAGAUCCAACUGGAGGCUAAAGUCAAAGAGCUGACAGAGAGGCUGGAGGAUGAGGAGGAGCUGAACGCAGAGCUGACAGCCAAGAAGAGGAAACUGGAGGAUGAGUGUUCAGAACUGAAGAAGGACAUUGAUGAUCUGGAGCUGACUCUGGCUAAAGUGGAGAAGGAGAAGCAUGCCACGGAGAACAAGGUUAAAAACCUGACUGAGGAGAUGGCAGCUCUGGAAGAAAUCAUUGCUAAACUAACCAAGGAGAAAAAAGCUCUCCAAGAGGCUCAUCAGCAAACGCUGGACGACCUGCAGAGCGAGGAGGACAAAUGCAACUCUCUGACCAAGGCCAAAGCCAAACUGGAGCAGCAAGUUGAUGAUCUUGAAGGAUCAUUGGAACAAGAGAAGAAGGUGAGGAUGGAUCUGGAGAGAGCAAAGAGAAAACUGGAAGGGGACUUAAAGUUAACCCAGGAAAACGUGAUGGAUCUGGAGAACGACAAGCAGCAGCUGGAGGAGAAACUCAAGAAGAAAGACUUUGAACUCAGCCAGCAGCUGAGUAAGAUUGAGGAUGAACAAGCAAUGAGUGUACAGCUCCAGAAGAAACUUAAGGAGUUACAGGCCCGCAUUGAAGAGCUGGAGGAGGAGCUGGAAGCAGAGCGAGCUGCUCGGGCCAAAGUGGAGAAGCAGCGAUCCGACCUGGCCCGAGAGCUGGAGGAGAUCAGCGAACGUCUGGAGGAGGCCGGAGGAGCGACCUCCGCACAGAUCGAGAUGAACAAGAAGAGGGAGGCCGAGUUUCAGAAGAUACGUAGAGACCUCGAAGAGUCGACUCUGCAGCAUGAAGCCACGACCGCCACCCUGAGGAAGAAGAACGCAGACAGCGUGGCCGACCUGGGCGAGCAGAUCGACAACCUGCAGAGAGUCAAACAGAAGCUGGAGAAGGAGAAGAGCGAGCUCAGACUGGAGCUGGAUGACGUGGUCUCCAACAUGGAGCAGAUCAUUAAAGUGAAAGCCAACCUGGAGAAAAUGUGCCGCACUCUGGAGGACCAAAUGUCAGAAUAUAAAUCCAAAUCAGAGGAAGGCCAGCGUACCAUCAACGACUUCGGCAUGCAGAAAGCAAAGCUCCAAACUGAAAAUGGUGAGCUGUCCCGACAGCUGGAGGAGAAGGACUCGCUGGUGUCUCAGCUGACUCGAGGGAAGCAGUCAUACACUCAACAGGUUGAAGAUCUGAAGAGACAACUCGAAGAGGAAGUCAAGGCCAAGAACGCACUCGCCCAUGCGGUGCAGUCUUCCCGUCAUGACUGUGACUUACUAAGAGAGCAGUUUGAGGAGGAGCAGGAGGCCAAAGCGGAGCUCCAGCGCAGCAUGUCCAAGGCCAACUCUGAAGUGGCUCAGUGGAGAACAAAGUACGAGACUGACGCCAUCCAGAGGACGGAGGAGCUGGAAGAAGCCAAGAAAAAGCUAACUCAGAGAUUACAGGAUGCAGAAGAAGCUGUUGAAGCAGCUAAUGCUAAAUGUUCAUCUCUGGAGAAGACCAAACACAGGCUUCAGGGAGAGAUUGAGGAUCUCAUGGUGGAUGUGGAGAGAUCAAAUGCUGCAGCUGCUGCUCUGGACAAGAAACAAAGAAACUUUGACAAGGUCCUGUCUGAGUGGAAGCAGAAGUAUGAGGAGUCCCAGGCUGAGCUGGAGGGCUCCCAGAAAGAGUCUCGAUCUAUGAGCACCGAGCUCUUCAAACUGAAGAACUCUUAUGAAGAAUCUCUGGAUCAUCUGGAAACCAUGAAGCGAGAGAACAAGAAUCUCCAAGAGGAGAUUUCUGACCUAACUGAGCAACUUGGUGAGAGUGGAAAGAACAUCCAUGAGCUGGAGAAGAUUCGUAAGCAGCUGGAGCAGGAGAAGGCAGAGAUCCAGUCUGCUCUGGAGGAAGCGGAGGGUUCACUAGAGCAUGAGGAAGGUAAGAUCAUGCGAGCUCAGCUGGAGUUCAACCAGGUGAAGGCCGAAAUGGAGAGAAAGGUGGCGGAGAAGGACGAGGAGAUGGAGCAGGCGAAGCGUAACCAUCAGAGAGUGGUGGACACUUUGCAGACCUCCCUUGAGUCCGAGACUCGCAGCAGGAAUGAAGCCCUGAGGCUGAAAAAGAAGAUGGAAGGAGACCUGAAUGAGAUGGAGAUCCAGCUGAGUCAGGCCAACAGACUGGCAUCCGAGGCUCAGAAGCAGCUGAAGGGACUCCACGCUCAUCUGAAAGACGCACAGCUGCAGCUGGAUGAUGCUGUGCGAGCAAAUGAUGAUCUGAAGGAGAACACCGCCAUCGUGGAGCGUCGGAACAACCUGAUGCAGGCCGAGCUGGACGAGCUCCGGUCUCUGGUGGAGCAGACGGAGAGAGGUCGUAAACUGGCUGAACAGGAGCUGCUGGAUGUCAGUGAGAGAGUUCAGCUGCUGCACUCUCAGAACACCAGCCUCCUGAACCAGAAGAAGAAGCUGGAGACCGACACGGCUCAGCUUCAGGGCGAGGUGGAGGAGGCGGUGCAGGAGUGCAGAAACGCAGAGGAGAAGGCGAAGAAGGCAGUGACUGAUGCCGCCAUGAUGGCGGAGGAAUUGAAGAAAGAGCAGGACACCAGCGCUCACCUAGAGAGGAUGAAGAAAAACAUGGAACAAACCAUCAAAGACCUGCAGCACCGCCUGGACGAAGCUGAACAAAUCGCCCUGAAAGGUGGCAAAAAGCAGGUCCAGAAGCUGGAGGCCAGGGUGAGAGAGCUGGAGAAUGAGAUCGAUCUGGAGCAAAGAAGGAGCAGUGAGUCAGUGAAAGGGGUCCGCAAGUACGAGAGACGCAUCAAAGAGCUGACCUACCAGACAGAGGAAGAUAAAAAGAAUCUGAGCCGUCUGCAGAACCUGGUGGACAAACUGCAGCUGAAAGUGAAAUCUUACAAGAGAUCUGCAGAGGAAGCUGAGGAACAGUCAAAUGUUAACCUGGGGAAGUUAAGAAAGUUACAGCAUGAGCUGGAGGAAGCCGAGGAGCGGGCAGACAUUGCCGAGUCUCAGGUCAACAAACUGAGAGCCAAGAGCCGUGACCCUGGAGCCAAGAAAGCUCUGGAUGAAGAGUGAAGCCUGAGCCAGGAUCCUUUUUUUUUGUAGUUUUAGUGAAACUGUAGUGUCUUAGUUUCUUUUUCCUUCAUGCAACAUGAGUGGAAUAAAGACUGCCUGCAGCA